AUGGCAUCCUCUUGGAAGCUGACUGCAAUUCAACAAGAAGGGGAAAAUGUCAGCUUUCUGGAUUAUGUUUAUCGUCUAUCACUGGGGUCAAUAUCAACGCGGAUCCACAGUGAAGCCGACUGUUGUGAAGAGUACAGUCCCGUGCUGUGUGGCAAGAAAGGUUGGACGCUGGUGAAGAGUGUUGGAAAACGCGGGACAGACAAUGACGACUGCUGCUGGCCAAGUUGCGUGAUUGUGAGCCAAGACGGAGAUGUCAUAGUGGCUGACCGCACGGACAAAUGCCUUAAGGUAUUUAAGAGUCAAACCUGGGAAUUGAGGAGGGAAAUCCCUUUGAGCUAUAAGCCACUCUGCAUGGCAUUGUGUGACAACAAUACCUUAGUGAUAACAGGUGACGCCCAAAACAUCCACGUGUUGGAUUACCUGCAUGGGAAGGACAAGUGUGUCAUCCAGGUGACUGGGCCGGUAGGGCCCGUUUGCCCAUCUGGUGUAGCUGUGGACAGUUUGGGACGGAUCAUUGUCACUUCCCGCGGGCAGGGUUACGUCCUGAACGGCAAUGGUGAUGUGUUGACAAUCCUGGACGGUGAAAGUCAGGGUCAGUUGGGAGACUAUCUACACGUUACCACCAACAGUAAGAACGACAUCGUGCUGAGCGAUUUCUUCAACAGUUGUGUGCAUGUGUUUGACUCAACCGGCCGACUUGUGAAGAGUUUCGGUUCACAAGGAUCGAGGGACGGUCAGUUGGACCAUCCCAUGGCUAUCUGUACGGACGGGAUGGACAACAUUCUUGUGGCAGACUCAGAAAACCAUCGCAUUGCCAAGUUCAGUGCGAAUGGGGACUUCGUGGAACACGUGGCCACGCGGGAAAGCAGCUUGAAGUUCCCCUAUGCAGUGACGAUGUCUGAAGACCAGAGACAGCUGAUAGUCUGUGAUUGUGACUUCAACGGUUUUAUCAAAGUGUUUUCCAUGGACGAUUUAUAA